CCAAUCCCGGAGCUGUUUUCAGAUAAUGAACUAGAGUUUGACUCUUUCUCAUACCACCAAAGUGUCACCCAUGCUACAACGGAAAUUGAAACAACUUCAAUUAGGCCUACAUUUCUUGAAACUUGAAUGGAAGGGAAUUGGUUAUAAAUAACCUGACAUUGUAUUUGCCGACGGCGGAGACCCAUCUCCUAAGGCAUCAGAGGAGAAGAGAUGUACAAUGGUAGGAAGUGGUACGGGUCACCUGGCAGUCGCAGGAUGGGAACGGCGGGAGGAGGGGGGAUGGCUCUGAGCAUGAACCACUAUCACCACCACUAUGGGGCGAGGGGAGACGACUUCGGGAGCAACAGAAUAGCGUCGAACCUCGUGUUCCUGCUCGUGUUUGGCUUUCUCUUCUUCAUGGCACAAUUCAUCAUAGUGUCUCGUCUGAACCCUGACUCCCUAGUGAACCCCAAACACCACAAGAGCAAGUACUCAGCCGUAGAAAACAUGAACACAGGAGGCCGGGAGUUCCUCAUCGAGAAACAUAUGAAGGACCAUGAAGAAACUAUUCAGAGGCGACGAAGAUUAAGAGACCACCACGAGGAGGUGAAAUCGAAGACAGAAAACAACAAUAAUGACGCAAGAACGAUAGAGUUGGAAAAACGUGAACAAAUUCCAGAAGCCGGCGAAACAGAUCCAAAACUAAGCCAAGAAGAGGGAUCAAAAACUGUUAAAGAAGCUAAGAGUGAUAAUCAAGAAAAAGACGAAGACACGCAGACGAAAGAUGUCAAAAACUUAAAUGACAAAGAUAAAGAAACUGGUCCAAAAGAUAAUGCUAAAACAGAUGAAAUUCAGCGAUUUAAAGGGAGUGCUGAAAGUUUGAGUGAUAACGAGAAAAUUGAAGUUAAAGUUGAAGACAGUUCAUUGGAAGGUUCUAAAGUAAAUGUGCCUUCACUAGAUUCAGAAAAGGAGGGAGAAAAUAAUUUACAACCAGGUAGUCAAAUAUCGAAAAAAGAAGCAGAGUCCUCCGGUAAAAACGAUAAUUUGAAGGCUCAGAAUGUAGAUGGUAGCCAGGAAGGAACUAAAAAUGAAGCAGAGAAAGCGGAGGAAAUAUCACUCGAAUCGGUAUCUGAGAAAACGUCGAAUGAAGAUAAAGAUGUAAACGUUGCAGUGGAAAAUGAGCAACGAGAAGUGAAAUAUGCCAAAGAUAGUUCCAAUGAUGCUAAAUCAGAUGAAGUUGAGACGAGAGACCCAAAUGAAGUUGGUAGCAAAGAAAGUGCAAGCGAACUGAGCUCGGAAGAAAGUCAGGAGAAUCAGUCAGAAUCGGAAAAAUCAAAAGCUGAACUUUUUAGCGAAAAAAGUAAGUUGCCUGAGAAAGAGAAAAGUGAAAAUGACAUCGAAGACCGCGUGAAAUUGGAGGCAAAAGCUGACGGUGUUGACGAAAACAAAGUUAACGCCUCUGAACAAACGGAUGAACAGAAAAUAGCGGGAAAACGUAGCGCUGACUUAGUGUCUUCUGAGGCUGAAGAAAUCCCGAACACUGCCGCAAUAUCAGACGAGAAGUCGAACCUCAAAGGUUCGCUCAGAAACAAAGGACCAAUAAAAACUGCCAAAAAAACUAGGCGAGACAAAGUGAAACAUUCAGCUGAAGAAAUGUAAAUAUUAAAUUAUGAAUUCCUUCACCCUAGCUUUUUCACAUCAGAUCAACAAUUUUGGGAAAAACUAAUUAAAUGAGG